AAUAACCAGGCGUUAGUAUAAAACAGAUAGCCGCACUUAAACGGACAGUUUACUUCAGCUGUUUCCAACUCCACGGAUUCACAAGGCGAAAGAUGAGGCUCUUGGCGGUCCUCUUGUUUGCUCUGUGUGUAGCCCUAGUGUGGGCCCAGCAACCUUGCCCCGGCAAGUGUGGGGGCGAGUGGAUGCCGGUGUGUGGCCUCAACAGCAAGAAAUUGCUCCGAACUUUCCGCAAUGUAUGCGAGCUCAGCGACUGGAACCGUUGCAACAAAGGAGAUUACCAAGUAUCGAAAUUUUCUACCUGCUGAUGGUUUCACACUAGCUGCUAAGUAACUUCAAGUUCCUCAAAAUUAUUUUGUUUUAAUGUAUACGUCACCUAAUAGAUUUGUAUAUUUUUCUAAUAAAAUAUAAACGGAAAAA